UUUGCUAUUUUCCACCAAUAUUACUUCCGGUUAGUCUUUUUGAUCCUCACUGGUUUCUGUUUCCGCUCUGCUCAGUUGGCAUUUAGGCAAGAUGGCGUCAGAACCGAACAAGACAGAAAUUCUCACCAUUUUUAAACGUUUGCGCUCCAUACCUACAAACAAGGCCUGCUUUGACUGUGCUGCUAAGAACCCGAGCUGGGCCAGUAUCUCGUAUGGAGUGUUUCUGUGCAUCGACUGUUCUGGGAUACAUCGCUCCUUGGGAGUGCACUUGAGCUUUAUCAGAUCCACAGAACUGGAUUCCAACUGGAGCUGGUUUCAGCUGAGAUGUAUGCAGGUUGGAGGAAAUGCCAACGCGAUGGGUUUUUUCCGCCAGCAUGGCUGUACCACUAAUGACACCAAUGCGAAGUAUAACAGUCGUGCGGCUCAGAUGUACAGAGAGAAGAUUCGACAGCUUGCCAACGCUGCUCUCUCCAAGUAUGGCACUGAUCUGUGGAUUGACCACUCAAGCUGUGCUCAGGCAUCACCCACAGAGAAGAGAGAGACUGACUUCUUUGACGAGCACACACUGCCUGCCAGCAGUUGGAACAUGGCGUCCCCGUCCCUAACAGAUCAGAAUGGAGCUGUAACCCCUCAACUGGAGCAGAACAAUCCUAAGAGUUCAGAGACCAGCACUCAACCUGAAGAGGGUCCAAGCAUUGAAGGACUGAGCACAAGUCCUAAAGCCACAAUAGACGACUCAAUGAGAUUGACGUCUGCAGAUUCUCCAGAAGAAGUGAAACCCUCCAUUAUUGGAAAGAAGAAGCCAGCCGCUGCAAAGAAAGGGCUUGGCGCUAAAAAGGGUCUUGGUGCCCAGAAGGUGAGCAGCAAGAGCUUCACUGAGGUGGAAAAACAAGCCCAGGUGGCCGAGAAAAUGAGAGAGGAGCAGACCACUGAGACCAAGAAACAAGCCGAAGAGUCCAUAGUGGCCUCGAUGCGACUGGCCUACAAAGAGCUGGAGAUUGACCGGAAGAUGGAGGAUAAGAAACUGAAGAACCUUGAGGGCAAGAAGAAGGAACAGGCGGAGAGGCUGGGCAUGGGAUUCGGCAACAGGAGUGCUGUGUCUCAUUCCGUGAUGGCGGAGAUGCAGGUGAUCGAGCAGGAGACCCCGGUCGGAGUCAAAUCCUCUUCUCGCUCUAAGCUGGACAUGUUUGAUGAGCCCGGGUUCACCUCUGGACCGCCCAAGUACAAGGACAACCCCUUCACCUCAGGAGACGGCUUUGGUUCACGGUGGGACAAUGAUGGAGGAUCAUCGUUCUCUUCCUGGGCUCUGGAGAAGGAGGAGACUAAAGACAGUGAGGUCACCAUCUCUAGCAUCCAGCCAAUCGGAGAAAGGCUGCCCAGCCGACGGAAACCUGAGGCGUCUGUGCCUGUCACAGAGUCCAGCGAAGCACGACAGAAGUUUGCCAAUGCUAAAGCAAUCUCGUCUGACAUGUUCUUCGGCCGUGAGAGCAACCCAGAGUAUGAAGCAAAGACUCGUCUAGAAGGCAUGUCUGGAAGCACCUCCAUCAGCUCCGCUGAUCUGUUUGGUGAUGGCAGUGUCCAUUCCUCUGGCUCAUCAGGAUUUGACAACGUGCUUCCCUCCGGUCCGGACAUCGCUCAGUUCAAGCAAGGUGUGAAGACUGUCGCAGGGAAGAUGGCAGUGCUGGCUAACGGAGUUAUGAACACCAUUCAGGAUCGCUAUGGAUCUUACUGAAAGGACUGCAUUAGAUUGAAACGGAAGUUGUAUUAAACAGGAUGCACAUCAUUGUUGAUUGGAUCUGGUCUGUCUUUCAUCCAUGAACCCACAUCUGAGCGAGCGAGCGAGAGAGAGAAAGACCAAGACCCGGGAGCUUCUAGUCUCUCCCCAGACCACUGUAGACACUCUUGCUGACAGUAUUUUAAUUUCUAUUUGAAGCACUGGAAAGAGUGUAAAGUUUGUCUUCAGAAUCACAGUGCUUUCUGUUUGAACCAACAGUCCUGUUUUCUCUGCCAUGUACUGGUCUUUUGAUUUCAAAUAAGUAUUUUGUCUGGAAUUAAAUGCAUAAUUGGAGUGCUA